GAAAAGGUUUAAGCUUGUAUAGUUGAAGAUGCAGAACAUUAGGCGGUCUAUAAUAUCUAGUAGGAGCAGAUGGAGUGGUUCCUUCAGAUCAUUUGUGGAAUCUAAGCUUUAUUUGGAUGAUUUUGCAUCAGCUGCUAAAAGGUUUUCAGCGGUGGGGAAUUCUAAUUUUACAAGACAGUAUGUGACAGGUGCCAAUAAUAUGUCAAAGGGUGUACUUGGAGCUACUGGCAUUCCUCUUCCAUUUAGAGGACACUGUGGUAGAGAUUGUAUAGUUCGCUUUCAAGCAUCAGUCCCUCACAUAGAAAAUCAUGGAUCGAAGAUCAUCUCUACUUGCUUUGCUAGAUCCUUUGCAUCAAGAACCUCAAAGCAAUCAAAAGAAACAUCUGAGACUAGAAAAGAAUUAUCUAAUGUUGAGGAUCCAUUUGAUGCUCCUACAUAUAAUAUCCCAGACAAACCUGUGACGUUUACGGAGGGAGCUAGCUACAGUCUGAUCAUCCUUGUCGGGCUUGGGAUUGCAGCUGCUGCAGGAUAUGCUGUCUUCAAGGAGUUGAUAUUUCAACCAAAAGAGUAUAAGAUAUUCAACCAAGCUCUAGAAAGAAUUCAGAACGAAAGCCAGGUUAGGGUGAGAAUUGGACAUCCUAUUACCGGCUAUGGUCAAGAAACUAGAAAUCGUGCUGCCCGCCAACGUAUUCCAAACAGGAUAUACACGGACGAAAAUGGUGUAGAGCAUGUGGAGCAGGUUAAUUUCUAUAUUCGUGGACCCCAUGGAGCCGGGAAAGUAUUUGCAGAAAUGUUCAAAGACAAAACAGACAACAAAUGGAAGUAUACGUACUUGAUAGUUCAGAUCAAUUCCCCUUCACGGGCAGAACUAAUGCUGGAGUCUUAUUUACCGGCAGCUGAGAUGAGGUCUUCCACAAACUAACAUGGGAUUGAACAAUUUUCUGGAUGUUGAGCUUUGUUUUUGUGUCCCUCAUUUAAUCAUAGUCACCUCUAGUUGCCCUCUACUGGAAUGAGGUAAAAAAAAAAAGUGUUUGGGGAUUUUAUAGAUUUGAUUGAGAAUUGUUUGUCCAUUCUCCUUCUAAUUGUGAAUGGAGUUAGGUUUUUGUUAUUCAUUUUAACUUUACCCCUUGGUGAUGGUGGAUGCAUGGCAUGGAUUGAUUCUAUACAAGUUACAGUGAAUAAUAUACCAGCAGUGCAGCCCCUCCCCAUGUUUCGGAUAUUA